ACAGUGCACCCACCUCACACAGAUAAACCAGACACACUGAAAGGAUUUCUGAGAACAAAACUCUUCAAAUCACCACAGUCAUCAUAGAAAAGCAGAAGCAAAGGAUAUGUAAACAUGGUCAGAAUUGGGUCCAAAAGUCUUCCAACGUAUACCCUGGUUAUUAUGUGUUUAGGACUGCUAAACACUGUUCUGCUACUAACAGCUGUUGUUCUUGGGAUUUACUGUGCCAAAACCAGUGAGGAGCCAGGUAAUUUCCAUGUAACACAACAAAUGAUUAUCUCAGAGGUAAAACGACUUCAGAUAAAGAAGAAUGAAGCUGUCAUAGCUCAGGAAGAGGCCCAACAAGCAUUAGAGGAAGAGCGAAGGAGCUAUCAGCAAGUGUUGGUGAACUUAGCGUCAAACAAGACUCUCAGUGACACUCUGCAGAAGCAGAUUGAGACUCAAAUUGCAGAGAGAACAAACCUGCGGACAGAAAAAGCAAAUCUUGAGGAAAGUUGUGGAAGAUGCCAGCCAGCAUGGUUUUUAGGAAACACGUCAUGCUACUUUUAUGCUAAACAUACAUCCUAUCCCAGAAAGAACUGGACAGAAAGCAGCGAGGACUGUGUCAGGCGUGGGGGCUAUCUGGCUAUUAUUGAUACCUGGGAGGAACAGGCAAAUGUUUUCGAGCACAUACCGAGAGUACCCUGGUCAUCGAGAUUUUGGGAAUAUGGAGGCGUUUGGAUUGGCCUUAAUGACAUUCAAACCGAAGGCACCUGGGUGUGGGUUGAUAAUACGACUCUGCGGGGUGAAGGGUUUUGGCAUCCAGGGGAUCCCAACAACUAUGGAGUGUCGGGGGAGAACUGCGUAAUAAUCAGCUCCGCGAACAUCCAUAACAACGGCAGGUUCUCGUGGUUUGAUGCAAACUGCAAAGUGGAGAGGGAAUGGUUAUGUGAAAAGAAGAUCAGUUAGCUUUGGUGCAUGAGCAUAAAGAGAGCAAAGCAAAACCAAACAAUUUUGGUUCAAUCAAAAUACAUUUUCUGUGUAUUUUUUUUUUCAAUAAAUUUAUAAAAUGUGAUUAGUUGCAGCUGUAUUUUUUUAGAGGUAUUAAAUCAAUAUGGGAGCUGACAGCUGAUUUAAUUUCAAGUUCAAUGUAUCUUGUAGUCUGCAAUGCCUUUUAUUAUUAUUAUUUGACUGCACUGAGUUACCAACAGAAAGGGGAAAAAUUUGAUUCAUUCUAGAAGGGAAAUUAUAAAUAUAGUCAUAAUAUUAUAAAUGUAUGAUUACAUGUAAUAAUAAAUUAAUUUUAAAUAUAAUUAAAUCUAUCAAUAAAAAUCCAAAAUGUAUAAAUAUAAAUAAAACAUAUAAAUAAAUAUAAAUAUAUUAAUUUCUUAUGCAAAUAACUGCACAUGUAAAACCUGAUUAAUAAAAAUCAUUCCCUAUUGGUUGAUAGUUACAA